GCGCCGGGGGGGCCGCUGCGCGGGGCGGCGGGAGCUCGGGUCUUCUAGGCGGCCGUGGUCCGGACCUCUCGUUACCGGGGCGCGUCUCCGCCGCACGACCCGGGAUCUAGAGUAAUACUACAAUGGAAGAAAUCAGUAAUUUCAAGACGCCAAGCAAAUUUUCUGAAAGAAAGAAAUCUGCGUUAUGUUCAACUCCAUGUAUAAAUAUUCCUGCCUCUCCAUUUAUGCAGAAGCUUGGCUUUGGUACUGGCGUAAAUGUCUACCUUAUGAAAAGAUCUCCAAGAGGUUUGUCUCAUUCUCCUUGGGCUGUGAAAAAGAUUAAUCCUAGGUGUGAUGAUCAUCAUCAGAGUGUGUAUCAAAAAAGACUAACUGAUGAAGCAAAGAUUUUGAAAAGCCUUCAUCACCCAAACAUAGUGGGUUAUCGUGCUUUCACUGAAGCCAGUGAUGGAAGUCUGUGUCUCGCUAUGGAAUAUGGAGGGGAAAAGUCUCUGAAUGACUUAAUAGAAGAACGAAAUAAAGAUGACCAUGGUCCUUUUCCAGCAGCUGUGAUUUUAAAAGUUGCUUUGAACAUGGCAAGAGGGUUACAGUAUCUACAUCAAGAAAAGAAACUACUUCAUGGAGACAUAAAGUCUUCAAAUGUUGUUAUUAAAGGUGAUUUUGAAACAAUUAAAAUCUGUGAUGUAGGAGUCUCACUACCAUUAGAUGAAAAUAUGACUGUGACUGACCCUGAGGCCUAUUAUAUUGGCACUGAGCCUUGGAAACCCAAGGAAGCUUUGGAGGAGAAUGGUGUUAUCACCAAUAAGGCAGACAUAUUUGCUUUUGGCCUCACUCUGUGGGAAAUGCUGACUUUGUCAAUUCCACACAUUAAUCUUCCAGAUGAUGAUGACGAUGAAGAUAAAACUUUUGAUGAGAGUGACUUUGAUGAUGAAGCAUACUACGCAGCUUUGGGAACUCGGCCCCCUAUUAACAUGGAAGAACUGGAUGAAUCGUACCAGAAGGUAAUUGAACUGUUCUCCGUGUGCACAAAUGAAGACCCUAAAGACCGUCCAUCAGCCGCACACAUUGUUGAAGCUUUGGAGAUGGACAGCCCGUAAUUCCCUCGGGUCACAGACCUCCACUUCAAGUCUGACUCGCUUAGAGAACUGUUCUGUUGACCAUCACACAUUUAUAUAGUUCUGCGAUGAUCUUAAUUAUUAGAUUUUUGGAAGCCUCUUUUAGGACCAUAGCACCUUGUUAAUAUUGAAUAACUUUCUGGUGUAAUUACUAUGUAGUGCGUUUUCUAAAACGUUUAAGCAUCUAGCUGCUCAAGUAUUUGAAGUUGUUCAUGCAGAUUUAAAACGCUAGCAAUAGACUGCUAUAUAUUCUGUACCUAACAUGACUUUAGAUUGAUAAUUUUUUAUUUUAUUCUUUAUUCUUUUUAUUCUUUAUUCUUUUCAUUGUUUUUUCUGAAAAUAGCACUUACCGCAGAAUAAAAUAAGUCUAUAUUUGUUUAUGUUUCAAACAUUAAACAUUUUGCUGGCCUUUCUUGGCUGAUGUGCUUAUUAUUAA